AUUCAUCUACAAAAGAACCAACAAUUCUCGUUUUAUUCUAAGUGGAUUUACCAAAAUUUUCAUAGUAAUUUAUAUUGUAGGAACUUAUAUCAAAAGAUGAUGUCUUCGAAGUCUCAUUUUGUUGCUCUUCUCUUGAUCAUUUUUCUCAUUGUUAAUGUUCAAUCUACUCGGAUUAUGGAUGAUUCAAGCGAUUGUGUAUUCAAAGGACCAUGUCAAAGGAGGUCAGAUUGUUACGAAAGGUGUGGAUUGAAACCACCUUCUAGAGCUGCUUUGUGUCAACCUAUGGGACUCCAAGGCCGUGUAUGUUGUUGUCUCUAAAAAUCUGCAACUAAAUAUGAUUGACAAUAUGUUCAAGGUUUGAAAUAAAAUAUUAUAUCAUCUAAAUAAUCACCCAAUGUAUUAUUAUUUUCACAUCACAUGUCUCAGUAUGUAUGCAAAUCGAAUAUGAAUUAGACAGAAUAUAAAAUAAAACUUUGAAUGACUGUAUGACUAUUA